AACAAGAGAAAGUCACAAUUUUCGACCAGACAGAGGUGAACUUGGUUGCAUUCCGUCGAACGAUUUACCUCGCCAUCCAAUCAAGCUUGGACUUCGAAGAAUGCGCCCACAAGUUGAUAAAAAUGGAUUUCCCCGAGAGCCAGACGAAAGAGCUGUGCAACAUGAUCCUAGACUGUUGUGCCCAGCAAAGAACAUACGAGAAGUUCUUUGGUCUCCUUGCUGGGAGGUUUUGCCUGCUGAAGAAAGAUUACAUGGAGAGUUUUGAGGCCAUCUUCCAGGAACAGUAUGAAACCAUCCACCGGCUUGAAACCAACAAAUUGCGUAAUGUUGCUCGAAUGUUUUCUCAUCUCCUCUACACAGACUCCAUUCCAUGGAGUGUCCUUGAAUGCGUUAAAAUGAGUGAAGACACAACGACGUCCUCCAGUCGAAUCUUUGUGAAGAUUUUGUUCCAGGAACUUUGUGCUUAUAUGGGUUUGCCAAAACUGAACGAGAGACUGAAGGACAUGACUCUUCAGUCUUUCUUCGAGGGUCUUUUCCCACGUGACAACCCGAGGAACACUAGAUUUGCCAUUAAUUUCUUCACAUCAAUUGGCCUUGGAGGACUUACGGAUGAGUUGAGAGAACACCUGAAGAAUGCUCCUAAGAUGAUCAUGACCCAGAAUCAGGACGUUGAGUCAUCUGAUUCUUCCUCCUCUUCCUCUUCCUCUUCAGACGACGACUCAUCUUCAGAUUCCUCAUCUGACAGUACAGACAGCGACUCAGAUUCAUCCAGCGACUCGGACUCCUCCUCCAGCAGUGACAGCUCCUCAGACUCCGACUCAAGGCGGAAAAAGACCUCGGGCAAGAAAAAGGACAAGAACAAGGAGAAAAAGAGGUCCAGCAAGGCAGCAAACCAGCGAUCUCCUCUGGAGGAACAGCCCAGCAAGAGACAUGAGAACCGGCGGCAAGACGGCAGCAAUGAGGACCGCCGUGGAUCCGACAAACACCACAGAGAUUCUCAUCGCCGGGAACAUGAGGACGAGUCACCCCCUGCUCGACAACAAGGAGAACCGGAGCGCGGGAGAGGACAUAAGGAGCAGCAGCACCACAGGUCCGCUCAGGACCACGAAGACCGACAGCCGGAUUCACGCAGGCACAAGGACGACGGCAAAAAUUCCAGAGCGGACAAGGACAAAGAUAGAUGCCGAAGCAGAGAGAAGGAGCCUCUGCGGCGGAGCCGGGACAGGUCAAAGUCACUAGAGAGGAGCCGCAAAGAGAUCGACUCCAGGGACUCGUACAGGAACAGCUUGGAGAGGGCGGACAAAGAGAACAGGCAUUCUGACAGAUACAAAGAGUCCAGAAGGAAAGACGAGAGGAGCAGGGACAGCUCACCGAGGAGACACAGAUAGCCGCCUGAGGAAGACGGAAUAAAAUAGUAAUAUCGUACCAAUUUUGAGCCGUUCCUCGUUCACUGUCGCUUUCACCAAUGUGCUUUUGCUUAGCCUCUGUGUUAUUAUACAGUAAAACAUAAUGAUUUUUUUGAGCAGUCGUUGAAAGGACUCGUGGAAAUGUACCAUACACGCACUGAUGCUGUGUAAGGUGUUCCUGAAACAAUUUUAGCGGUUAAACGAGGCUGUGCUCAUAUUGUCGGGGACAUUUUGUAUUUUAUGUAUCCUUGCCCAAUAAUAUUUUUGCUGUUGUUUUGGAAGUAAUUGGGAAAAGCAAGAUUAAAGAUGACAUUUGCUAUAAAUUUAAAA